GACCUUGUGCUAUAAAGCUCAUCAUUAAAAGCUUAAUUGGACAUAAAAUUAUUCUGCCUUUUUUUGGCUGAUACUACACAUUUUUAGUUUAUUUCUUGUGCAGAAAAGCAGCUUUUUGAAAGAAAGCAGCUUAUUAAAUUACUGUAGUAUUUUAUAAUUAAAAAUUAUAAUUUUUAACAUUAAGUUCCCCUAUCUUAUAUUUGCAUAUAGACCAUAAAAUCUGGUAUUCAACUUAGGGAUUCUUGCAUUAAAACGUAUGUAAACUGAAACAUUUUUAUCUGUGUUUUUGGAAGUUAUUUAAGUUUUUGUUGAACGAUUUGGCCAUCUCAUAGUCAUUACUUUGUCUGCAUCUAUUUUGCAACUUACGUAGGCCUACUACAUGCUUAUUUGAUACUUAUUAACGAAAAGUUUAAAAUCUUUAGAGAUUUUAAUUUUUUUUUUUCUCUACAGACGGUACCUAUAAUUUAGGACUAGAGACACACUACCUCUGUGGUGGAUUUAGGAUUUUCGUCAGGGGUGUUACAAAAAAUGUUAUAUGGUUUAAAUCAGCACCACUAUGGGAGUAUUGUCUCGUCAUGACACAGGUGUGGUUGAUGAACUAAUAUUUUCAGUCAACCGUGGUCAACAGUAACCACAAACAAUGGAAAAACGCAAUCAAACAAUGCAAACCUCAACCCAAUGUAUAACAAAAACACAAAAUUAUGCAUAGGCCUAUAAUUUGAUCUCUGGUUAUUUUAUUACCUAUAUUGUCGCCCCUUCCCCUAACCACCAUUUAAAAUGUCCGAAGGAAAAAAAAUCAUGCUUAAGUAGUUAACAAUCAUCUCAUAUCACCUUUUUUGCGACUCAGGGAUUUUCAAAUUUAACUCAAAUACAAAAUUAGAAAUUAAUAAAUAUGGUAUGUAUCCUUAUAUUUAAGACAUCGACCGUGUGGUGCCAACCUUUACUCACCCCAUUCGUUUCUGGUUAAAGCACUAGCCACAGGGUUAAAUUCAAACGUUGGAAUUUUUUUAGUUAAAGGUUGAACCGUUGGCUUUGAAAAAAUAGUAACAUUCUACGGAUUUUCUGUAUCAUGCAUGUCUAUGAGUACAUGGGUGGUGGGGUGGGUGGGGGGAGGGGUGUUCUACGGUUGUUAAUAAGACAUGAGGAAUUGUUCAUUGAUACGAAUCAACUUGGAAAUUGUUGAGUUGAGAAUCUUGUUGGCUUAUUUAAAAGGGAUUCAUUGAUUGUAUUUUAAAAUCAAUACCCCAUCAGUUGCAACUGAAAUAUAUUAAACUAUGCUACCUCACUUCCUUUUCAAAUUACAGUGGGAAAUCCCACUGGCCUAUACGGUACAUAUUUGGGAGCUCUUCGUAAUUUGACACGUACUGUUAUUCCGUUUGAAUAGCUUGAUUGUGAGUGUGUUCAACCAACCCUGCUUAUAACCGAAAUAUGUCUAAGCUAUCUGCGACCGUAUUCGUGAUUCUACUUUUAUAUACGGCUGCCCAGCCUGUAGCAGGGUUCAAUUUUCUGCUACCUGCAGCGGGGGCAGUUUUUGGUGCACUAACGGCCGCAGGUAUUCCAUCGCUUCUGGGGUUUGGUGCAACCGGUAUUGCUGCUGGAAGCGCAGUAGCUGUGAUGCAGUCCGCCUCAGCGAUAGCUGGCCGAGGAGGAGUAGCAGUGGGCGGCGUGUUUGAUAUGCCAAUGCCGUCAAUCGCAUUGCUGGCUGCAAUAUUUGGUUUGGGUGCAGGAGCUGUCGCCAAUAAUCUCGAUGACGACGAUAAUCUCGAUGAUGACGACGAUGACGAAAGAUAAAUCGAGCAUGCGUAUACCAUCAUUAGACCUUGUGGCCAUAAGGCUCAUCAUUAAAAGUUUAAUUGGACAUAAACUUAUUCUGCCAUUUCUAAUGGUGGUUUUUCGUUGUUGAUAUAAACAGGUUGCGGUCUUCUGAUUGGCUUAAAGUUAAGAUAUGUUGCUUUGUUGUCCAAUGGUCUGCACAUUUUUAGCAUUUUUUUUUUUUGCAUAUAAGCAUCUUCUUGUAAGAAAGCAGCUUAUUAAAUUAUGUAGGUGGUGGUUUUUAAUUAAAAAAACAUAUAUUUAAACAUAAAAAUGAACGUUACUCCCUCUCCAUUUGCAUAUAGACCAUAAAAUAGGCUGGUAUUCAACUUAGAAUUUUUUGCAUCAAAACGUCUGUAAACUGAAAUAAUUUUAUAUGUGUUUUUGGAAGUUAUUUCAGUUUUUGUUGAACGAUUUGGCCAUCUCAUAAUCAUCAUUUUGUCUGCAUCCAUCUAUUUUGCAACUUACAGUACUACAUGCUUAUUUGAUACUUUACGAAAAGUUUGAAAUCUUUAGAGAUUUUUUUUUCUCUACAGGCGGUACCUAUAAUUUAGGACUAGAGACACACUACCUCAGUGGUGGAUCUAGGAUUUUCGUUAGAGGGUGCUGCAAAAUAUUUUAUAUGGUUUGAAUAAACAUCACCAUGGGAGUAUUGUCUCCUCAUGACACAGGUGUGGUUGAUAAACUAAGUUUUUCAGGUCAACAAUGAUAGACAAUAACGAACAAAUGGAAAACGCAAUCAAACAAUGCAAACCCCAACCCAAUGUAUAAAAAAAGCAUAAAAUUAUGCAUAUAAUUUGAUCCCUGGUUACCAGGGCAGAAUCCACAGA